GUGUGUUCUGUUGCACACCAUUACGGUCAUUACGGCAAUGAUUUCAUUCUCUCGUUUUCCCGUUUUCCCUGUGGCCGUAGUGAGUGAGUGGAAAACGGAGCCUGCCUGCAGCCUGCCAGCCUGGGAAUUUCGUUAAAGCACAUCAGCGGCCACUGCCAUGGCUGAACGCCGCGCCUUCGCCCAAAAAAUCAGCAGGACUGUGGCAGCAGAAGUCAGGAAGCAGAUAGCUGGCCAGUAUGGGGGCUCCCCACAACUCUUCAAAAACCUCAAUGUUGGGACCACAACAAGCAACACAGUUCCCCUCACAGAGGCAGUGGAGCCGGUGGAUUUUGAGGAGUACCUCAUCACUCACCCUCCCAUCGUUGAGUCAGGUCCCCUGAGAGAUCUGAUUGAGUUUCCCCCAGAUGAUAUUGAGGUCAUCCACACACCCAGGGAGUGUCGCACAGUGGCACAAGCUGUCCCCGAGGAAGGGGACACUGAUCCUCAUGUCAGAGACUGUGUCAGGUCCUACACAGAAGACUGGGCCAUCGUCAACAGAAAAUACCACAAGCUUGGUACAGGCUUUAACCCCAACACUUUGGACAAGCAGAAGGAGCGUCAGAGAGGCCUGCCCAAACAAGUGUUUGAGGCUGAUGAGAUGCCAGACAGCAGCAGCUACCAGGAUGACCAGGCACUAAAUCAUUCAGUCGAUGACCUGAAGCGGAGGUCGAUGUCUAUAGAUGACACCCCACGCGGCAGCUGGGCCUGCAGCAUCUUUGACUUGAAGAACUCCCUCCCUGAUGCCCUCCUUCCUCACCUCCUCGACCGUGCCCCCAAUGAGGAGAUAGACAGGCACAAUGAAGAACAGCGCAAGGCCAACCGCCAUCGCGAAGUCUUUGCUCUGCACCCUGCCCUUGAUGAGGAGGAGCCCAUUGAGCGCCACUGUGUGCCUGAAGUACCUAAAGAACACUUUGGCCAGAGGCUACUCGUCAAGUGCUUGUCCUUGAAGUUUGAGAUCGAAAUUGAACCCAUAUUUGCUAGUUUGGCCUUAUACGAUGUCAAGGAAAAGAAAAAGAUAUCAGAGAACUUUUUCUUCGACCUAAACUCUGAGCAGACGAAGGCGAUGCUGCGUCCGCACAUUCAGACAGCAGCCAUCUCCACGCUGGCACGCUCUGCCAUAUUCUCCAUCACCUACCCCUCCCAGGAUGUCUUUCUUGUCAUCAAGCUGGAAAAGGUACUGCAGCAAGGUGAUAUUGGAGAGUGUGCUGAGCCCUACAUGGUCUUCAAAGAGUCAGAUACUGCCAAGAAUAAAGAGAAGUUGGAGAAGCUUCGUGGCCAGUCAGAGCAGUUCUGCCAACGUCUUGGCCGUUACCGCAUGCCCUUCGCCUGGACCGCCAUUCACCUGAUGAACAUUGUGAACAGUGCUGGCAGUCUCGAGAGAGAUACAGAGCUGGAGAUGAGCCUCUCAGAGAGAAAAGGAUCAUGGUCAGAACGGAGAAACUCGAGCAUCAUGGGAAGGCGUUCCCUGGAGAGGACCACCAGUGGAGACGAGUCAUGCAGUCUGACAGGCUUUAGACCUGCAACACUUACCAUCACUAACUUCUUCAAACAGGAGGGGGACAGACUGAGUGAUGAGGACUUGUAUAAGUUCCUAGCUGAUAUGAGAAGGCCUUCUUCAGUGCUGAGGAGACUCAGACCCAUCACAGCCCAGUUGAAGUUGGACAUUUCUCCAGCUCCAGAGAACCCCCACUAUUGCUUGACCCCUGACCUUUUGCAGGUUAAACCUUACCCAGACAGCAGGGUACGCCCCACCAGGGAGAUCCUGGAGUUCCCUGCCAGGGAUGUCUAUGUGCCAAACACCACAUACAGGAAUCUGCUGUAUGUAAACCCUCAAAGUCUGAACUUUGCCAACCGCCAAGGCUCUGCCCGCAACAUCACAGUCAAAGUGCAGUUUAUGAAUGGAGAGGAUCCAAACAAUGCAAUGCCAGUGAUAUUUGGGAAGUCCAGCUGUGCAGAUUUCGCUAAAGAAGCCUAUACUGCUGUGGUGUACCAUAACAGAUCCCCUGACUUUCAUGAUGAAAUCAAGAUCAAGCUGCCUGCCUCCCUGUCGGACCACCACCACAUUCUCUUCACCUUUUACCACGUCAGCUGCCAGCAGAAGCAGAACACACCACUGGAGACCCCUGUGGGAUACACGUGGAUCCCCAUGCUGCAGAAUGGGCGUCUGCGGACGGGACACUUCUGUCUGCCUGUGUCUUUGGAAAAACCACCCCAGUCCUACUCUGUUCUCUCACCAGAUGUUCCUCUCCCAGGGAUGAAGUGGGUGGACAACCAUCGAGGAGUAUUUAAUGUUGAAGUGGUGACUGUUUCAACCAUCCACACACAGGACCAGUACUUGGAUAAGUUCUUUGCUUUGGUACACGCCCUGGACGAGCACAUGUUCCCUGUCAGGAUAGGAGACAUGCGCAUCAUGGAGAACAACCUUGAGGCUGAGCUCAAGUCCAGCAUUGCGGCGCUCAACUCCUCCCAGUUGGAGCCAGUGGUUCGAUUCCUUCACCUUCUACUCGACAAGUUGGUGUUGCUUGUAGUGCGGCCGCCAGUCAUUGCUGGGCAGAUAGUGAAUCUGGGCCAGGCGUCCUUCGAGGUCAUGGCAUCCAUAGUGAACCGGCUUCAUAAGUACCUGGACACCAGCCAGGACAUGCAUGGUCGCAACAGCCUGCUGUCCUCUUACAUCCACUACGUCUUCCGCUUGCCCAGCACUGACCCCAACUCACCCUCCCCAGACCCCAACUCAUCCUUUACAGGCCCAGGAGGGUUAGGAGGUUCGGUUCACUAUGCCACCAUGGCUCGCUCAGCUGUUCGACCAGCCAGCCUCAACCUCAACCGCUCCCGUAGCCUUAGCAACAGUAACCCUGACAUCUCCGGUACACCCACCUCUCCUGACGAUGAGGUCCGCUCCAUCAUUGGCAGCAAGGGCUUAGACCGCUCCAACUCGUGGGUGCACACCAUGGGCUGUAAGAGUGCCCCCUGGGGAUCCAGCCCUGGGUCCGCUCCAGAAACCAUGCAGGCCAUGGAGCGCUGUGGCAAUCGCAUGUCUUCGCACACUGAGAGCGCCAGUUUCUUGCAAACUUUAACAGGACGGUUGCCCACAAAAAAGCUCUUCCAUGAGGAGUUGGCACUCCAGUGGGUGGUGAGCAGUGGAAGCGUCAGGGAGGGCGCUCUACAACAGGCCUGGUUUUUCUUUGAACUCAUGGUGAAGAGCAUUAUCCACCACUUGUACUUCACUGACCGCUUAGAGUCACCCAGGAAGAACCGUUUCCCAGAACGCUUCAUGGAUGACAUUACAGCCCUGGUCAGCACCAUCGCUGGCGACAUUGUGUCUCGCUUCCAGAAGGACCUAGAGUUGGUGGAGAGACUAAACACUAGUCUGGCCUUCUUCCUCAACGAUUUGCUGUCUGUCAUGGACCGAGGCUUUGUCUUCACUCUAAUCAGGACAUACUGGAAACAGGUGUCUACAAAGCUUUACGCUCUGCAGAACCCAACCCUGGAGUCUUUGAGGCUUGAUUUCUUGAGAAUCGUUUGCAGCCACGAACACUACGUAACCCUCAACCUGCCCUGCAGUCUGCUCACCCCGCCUGCCUCGCCUUCCCCCUCUGUGUCUUCAGCAACUUCACAGAGCUCUGGGUUCUCCACGCACGUCCAGGACCAAAAGAUAGCCAACAUGUUUGAGCUGUCCGUCCCCUUCAGAGAGCAACACUAUCUGGCCGGACUAGUACUAUCUGAACUGUCUGUAAUACUGGACCCAGACAAUGAAGGGAUGUUUGGCCUACAUAAGAAAGUGGUGAGUGUCGUUCAUAACCUCCUGUCCAGCCAUGACUCUGACCCACGCUAUGCCGAUCCUGAGGUCAAGGCCCGAGUCGCCAUGCUUUACCUGCCUCUCAUUGGCAUCGUCAUGGAAACACUACCACAGCUCCAUGACUUCACAGAGUCCCAUAACCAGUGGGGUCGGCCAGGCGGUCCCCAGGGGGCAGCGAUGGGCAGCAGUGGAGAAGAGGCAGAGGGUGAGGGUAACAGCAUGAUCAGCCAGACUGUUGCCAUGGCGAUAGCAGGCACAUCCACCGCCUCCCCAAUGUCCCGACCAAGCAGCUUCUUGCUCAACUCGCAGGCGAGUCGUCAGCACGGUAGCUUCUCGGCCGAGUCAAGUCGAAGUCUGCUCAUCUGUCUGUUGUGGGUGUUGAAGAAUGCUGACGAGCUCGUGUUACAGAAGUGGUUCACAGACCUGUCGGUGUCUCAGCUCAACCGCCUGCUGGAUCUCCUCUACCUCUGUGUUUCUUGCUUCGAGUACAAGGCCCAUGUUGUGUUCACCAUGCAGGGGAAGAAGGCGUUUGAACGAAUGAACAGCCUGACCUUUAAGAAGUCCAAAGACAUGAAGGCCAAGCUGGAGGAAGCCAUACUGGGAAGCAUCGGGGCCAGACAGGAGAUGGUGCGACGCAGUCGGGGACAGCUAGAGCGGAGUCCAUCUGGCAGUGCUUUUGGCAGUCAGGAGAACCUUCGAUGGAGGAAGGACAUGACCCACUGGAGACAAAACAGCGAAAAGAUGGACAAGAGUCACAGAUCAGUCAGGACCAGAGCAGAGCUAGAACAUGAAGCACUUAUUGAUGGUAACCUUGCGACGGAGGCGAACAUAAUUAUUCUUGAUACUUUGGAGAUCGUUGUACAGACGGUAUCAGUGACGGAGUCAAAGGAGAGUAUCCUGGGCGGGGUGCUGAAGGUGUUGCUCCACAGUAUGGCCUGCAACCAGAGCGCCCUCUACCUCCAGCAUUGUUUUGCCACACAGAGGGCACUGGUGUCUAAGUUUCCUGAACUUCUGUUCGAGGAGGAAACGGAGCAGUGUGCUGAUCUGUGUUUGCGAUUGUUGAGGAGCUGCAGCAGCAGCAUAAGUACCAUCAGGGCCCACGCCAGUGCCUCCCUCUACCUCCUCAUGAGGCAAAACUUUGAGAUUGGCAAUAACUUUGCAAGAGUGAAGAUGCAAGUGACCAUGUCUCUGUCUUCGCUGGUGGGAACAUCUCAGAAUUUUAACGAGGAGUUUCUCCGCCGCUCUCUAAAGACCAUCCUCACCUAUGCAGAGGAGGACCUGGAGCUGAGGGAGACCACAUUUCCAGACCAGGUCCAGGACCUUGUGUUUAACUUGCACAUGAUCCUGUCUGACACAGUCAAGAUGAAGGAGCACCAGGAAGACCCUGAGAUGCUGAUAGAUCUCAUGUACAGGAUUGCAAAGGGUUACCAGACGUCUCCAGACCUGCGGCUGACGUGGCUUCAGAACAUGGCUGGAAAACACUCAGAGAGGAACAACCACGCUGAAGCUGCUCAGUGUCUGGUGCACAGCGCUGCUCUGGUCGCAGAAUACCUGAGCAUGCUGGAGGACCGCAAGUAUCUGCCUGUAGGCUGUGUCACCUUCCAGAAUAUUUCCUCCAACGUGCUGGAGGAAUCUGCAGUCUCUGAUGAUGUGGUGUCACCAGAUGAGGAGGGCAUUUGCUCAGGGAAAUACUUCACUGAGAUCGGCCUUGUGGGACUCCUGGAGCAGGCUGCUGCCUCUUUCUCCAUGGCGGGCAUGUAUGAGGCGGUAAACGAAGUGUACAAGGUACUGAUCCCUAUCCAUGAAGCAAACAGGGAUGCAAAGAAGCUAGCCACCAUUCAUGGUAAACUACAGGAAGCCUUUGGCAAAAUUGUGCAUCAGAGUACUGGCUGGGAGGAUGGAAAGAGGAUGUUUGGUACGUACUUCAGAGUCGGAUUUUACGGUUCAAAGUUUGGCGACUUAGACGAGCAGGAGUUUGUGUACAAAGAGCCUGCCAUCACGAAGCUGGCAGAAAUCUCUCACAGGCUAGAGGGUUUCUAUGGGGAGCGAUUUGGAGAGGACCAGGUAGAAGUCAUUAAGGACUCCAACCCAGUGGACAAGUGCAAGUUGGACCCAAAUAAGGCAUUCAUCCAGAUCACUUAUGUGGAGCCGUACUUUGACACGUACGAGAUGAAGGACCGCAUCACUUACUUUGACAAGAACUACAACUUGCGACGUUUCGUCUAUUGCACCCCCUUCACUCUGGAUGGGCGGGCCCAUGGGGACCUGCACGAACAGUUCAAACGCAAGACCAUCCUCACCACCUCCCACGCUUUCCCUUACAUCAAGACACGCAUCAACAUCAUCCACAAAGAGGAGAUUAUAUCCACACCCAUCGAGGUGGCAAUAGAGGACAUGCAGAAGAAGACUCAGGAGCUGGCCUUCGCCACCCACCAGGACCCUGCUGAUGCAAAGAUGCUGCAGAUGGUCCUACAGGGAUCAGUGGGCACAACUGUCAACCAGGGUCCUUUGGAGGUUGCUCAGGUGUUCCUGUCAGAGAUUCCCAGUGACCCAAAGCUGUACCGACACCACAAUAAGCUACGACUCUGCUUCAAAGACUUCACAAAGAGGUGUGAAGAUGCCCUACGUAAGAAUAAGAGCCUGAUUGGUCCAGACCAGAAAGAGUACCAGAGGGAGCUGGAGAGGAAUUAUCACCGGCUGAAGGAAGCGCUGCAGCCCCUCAUCAACAGAAAAAUCCCUCAGCUUUAUAAACCUGUGCUGCAGGUCAACUCACACAGCAAACGGACAGCUUGACAAGAGAUUCCUUCAGCAGAAUGAGUCUUCGCAAGCUUGACAUUUGAAGAUGAAGAGAGUACAGGCACACACACACACACGCACACAUACAUAACAGAAAUUGCAAUAUUAAUUUAUUCUUGAGUGUAAAUAGGAGUGUCUUCAAAGUUGGUCAGUGUGUGCUUAAAGAAAGACUAAAGUGUUGCAGCUUGGUACGUCAUUCCAGUGUCUUAAUUUGUUUACAGACAAACUGUUACACAAUCAGAGGGACGAACAAGUGGAUCUUAAAGAUUAAAGAGAUACCUUGGCAUUUAGAAUUUUUCUUUGCUGGCCAUUUGUCACACAAGGGAACAAGUCUUUAUAUUUGUCCCUAUGUUACCAUUAAAAAUAAAUAAAUCUAAUAAUAUUAGCCUUCAGAGUAUUCUUUGUAUUCAGUGGCUUGUUAGUUUACAUCCAGCUGAUUCUGAGAUCCCUUUAUCGGUUAAUUAAAGUGCCAAAAACCAUUUUCUUUCCGCCAAUUUUUGACAAGUGUCUGCAGAAAAGGUACGAUUUUAAAAGUCAAGGUGUCUAUUUAAUUAUGUACUGUGUCAAAAAUCUGUAUUCAAUUUCAUGUGUGCACUUUUUUUAUUACGGUCUAGCAAUGCAUUUUACAAAAAUGGUACCAUUAUUUAUCAUGACGCUUUAUCAUUUUUAGUUGAAAGAAUGUUUUAAAGUUAGGUACUUUAAACAUACUUGUAUAAUUUUAUGUAGUUUUGUUUUGUUUAUUUUAAAUAUUUUACUAAAUAAAUAUUUUAAUGUUC